CCUUUUUUAGCCAAAAAGUUCACUCUCAUAUAAAUCUGUCUAUCCAAUAGCCAUAGAUUCGGAAAAUUUCAGUUAAACUUUGUCAUAAAAUCAACAUUUUCCAACUAUAUUUCUCUCUCUUCACCUAUUCAUACAUUGAAGAACUUUCUAGAAGUUCAAUACUUUGAAGCUAAGAUCAUCAGUCAACGGAUUUGACAUUGCGAAGAUAAUCCUUUCAGUUUCUGCAUAAACAGAAAGAUGAAUCGAAAUUAGCAGAACUAUCCAUUUUUUUCCCGAUGAUUUUGUGUUUACUUUGAGAAAAACGGAUUUCACAUUGUAUUGCGAAGAAAAUCGAUUCAGUUUCUGCUCAAAGAAAUACUAGAUGAAUCCAAAUUAGCAGAAUUUUCAAUUUUCUCUGAUGAUUUUGUGUUUACUGUAACGGAGACAGUAAGAUUCUACGAAGAUAGAUUCAGUUCAGAAAUGAAUCAAAAUUAGCUUAACUUUCAUUUUUUUCUCUCUCUCAUCAUUUGUGUUUAUUGUUGCUUUUGGAAGAAGAGUAAGAUUCGUAGAAAACCGAUUCAGUUUUUGCAUACACACAAAGAAAUCAAUCCAAAUUAGCUUAACUUUCGAAUUUUCCUGAUGAUUUUGUAAGAAGAGUAACGGAUACAGUGAGAUUCGAAGAAUAUCAAUUCGAUUUCUGCAAAAACAGGGAAAUCAAUCCAAAUUAGCUGUACUUGUUGGAUUUUCCAGAUGAUUUUGUGUUUACUGUGGGAAGAAGAGUAACAGAUACAGUGAGAUUCGAAGAAAAUCAAUUCAGUUUCUGCAAAAACAGAGAAAUCAAUCCAAAAUAGCAAUAUUUUCGAGUUUUCUGUGUGAGUAACAGACACAGUGAAAUCGAUCUGAUAUGUCGAUGAGGAGAGAAUUAAUGGAGGAAGAUGAGAGGAAGGGAAGAGAUUCAUCAAGAGAGUAUAAGAUGGAGGAUUUGAGAAAAGAUAGUUUGAAAUCGUUGAGAACUGGUAACAGUCGAUUAACGAUGAUGGAGAACGACUCCAGUAGUAGUCCCUCCACGUUUAGCAGGGAAAACGUCCUAAGAGGCAUCAAUGGCCUCAGAGGCAUCUCGCAAAGUUUCCUCAUUUAUCCCGAUGACAGGUGGUAUAAGCUAUGGGAGAAGUUUAUCCUGAUUUGGGCGAUAUAUUCAUCUUUUUUUACACCAAUGGAGUUUGCAUUCUUCAAGGGACUGCCGAGGAACCUCUUUCUCUUGGACAUUUGUGGUCAAAUAGCUUUUCUUGUCGACAUAGUCUUGCAAUUUUUUGUAGCCUACAGGGAUAGCCAGACCUACAAGAUCGUGUAUAAACGAACGCCUAUUGCUCUUCGGUACUUGAAAUCUUAUUUUAUCGUGGAUCUUCUCAGUUGCAUGCCGUGGGAUAACAUUUAUAAGGCUGCUGGCAAAAGUGAGGGAGUGAGAUACCUUUUAUGGAUUAGGUUGAGCAGGGUGCGUAGAGUUACUAACUUUUUCACGAAGAUGGAGAAAGAUAUUCGGAUCAAUUAUUUCUUUACUAGGAUUUUAAAACUUAUCGUUGUUGAACUCUAUUGCACGCAUACGGCAGCUUGCAUCUUUUACUUUUUGGCUACUACUCUGCCUCCAGAGAAAGAAGGCUACACAUGGAUUGGGAGUUUGACCCUAGGAGACUACAGUUAUUCAGACUUUAGACAUAUUGAUCUCUGGAGGCGGUACAUCACUUCUCUGUAUUUUGCCAUCAUCACUAUGGCAACUGUGGGUUAUGGUGACAUACAUGCAGUCAAUCUGAGGGAAAUGAUAUUCGUAAUGGUUUAUGUCUCUUUUGACAUGAUUCUUGGUGCUUAUUUGAUUGGUAACAUGACAGCACUGAUGGUCAAGGGAUCAAAAACUGUGCGAUACAGGGAUAAAAUGACAGAUCUUAUGAACUAUAUGAACAGAAAUAGACUCGGAAGGGAUAUUCGUAAUCAAAUUAAAGAUCACUUGCAAUUACAAUAUGAAAGCACUUACACUGAUGGAGCCAUUCUCCAGGAGCUUCCCAUCUCAAUUCGUGCCAAGAUAUCCCAGACGUUAUAUCAGUCUUGCAUUGAAAAUAUUCCUCUUUUCAGGGACUGCUCCUCAGAAUUCAUAAGUCAAAUUGUAACUCGAGUGCGUGAAGAAUUUUUCCUUCCAGGAGAAGUGAUCAUGGAACAGGGGCAUGCAGUGGACCAACUUUAUUUUGUCUGUCAUGGUGUCCUGGAGGCAAUUGGUAUAGGGGAAGAUGGGUCAGAAGAGAAAGUAGCACUUCUUGAGCCAAAUAGCUCGUUCGGAGAAAUAUCCAUUCUUUGCAACAUUCCACAACCAUAUACUGUUCGUGUUUGUGAACUAUGCAGACUCAUACGGAUUGAUAAGCAGUCGUUUUCAAAUAUUUUGGAGAUCUACUUUCAUGAUGGGAGAAGAAUCUUGACUAACUUACUAGAGGAAAAGGAUUCUGAUCUUUGUGUAAAAGAACUGGAGUUAGAUAUAACAUACCACAUUGGGAAACAAGAGGCUGAGCUUGCUUUGAAAGUGAAUAGUGCAGCUUAUCAUGGUGAUUUGCACCAGCUGAAGAGUCUGAUUCGAGCUGGAGCCGAUCCCAACAAGAAAGAUUAUGAUGGAAGAUCACCUCUGCAUCUUGCAGCAUCCAGAGGAUAUGAAGACAUCUCUUUUUUCCUUAUCCAAGAAGAUGUUGAUCUCAAUGCUUCAGACAACUUUGGCAACACACCGCUCCUUGAAGCUAUCAAGAAUGGACAUGAUCGUGUUGCUUCAUUACUUGUUAAGAAAGGUGCUAUGUUGGAGAUUGAAAAUGCUGGUAGCUUCUUGUGUACGUUGGUUACAAAAGGGGAUUCAGAUCUACUACGAAGGCUGUUGUCUAAUGGUAUUGAUCCGAACUCCAAAGACUAUGAUUACCGGACACCACUCCAUGUAGCAGCUUCUCAAGGAUUAUUUGCGAUGGCGAGAUUGCUUCUAGGAGCUGGUGCUUCAGUUUUCUCAAAAGACAGAUGGGGAAAUACUCCAGUUGAUGAAGCUAGACUGAGUGGAAACAAUCAAUUGAUCAAGGUUCUGGAAGAAGCAAAAUCAGCUCAAAUAUCGGAAUUCCCCAGUGUUUCACACGACAUCUCAGAAAAAAUGCACCCGCGGAAGUGUACUGUAUUCGCUUUCCACCCAUGGGAGUCAAAGGAUGUCAGGAAACAUGGUGUUGUACUGUGGGUACCUACGAGUAUGGAAGAGCUCGUUGCUGCAGCUACAGAACAACUCAACUUCCCUUCUGGCUCUUGUAUUUUAUCAGAAGAUGCAGGUAAAAUUCUUGACAUAGAUAUGAUUUCUGAUGGUCAGAAGUUGUACUUGAUCAGUGAAACAACUUAAGAAUACCUUGUCGAUAUAUAGUACCCUGUGCAGCUUUGUGGUGUGUAGAUAUUGUCAACCAAGUUGAAGAUGAAAUAAAAUCUCUAGUAGUCACUCACUGUUGCUGAGUGAUGAUAUUGCAUAUGAGGAAUUUACCGGCUGUAGCAAUUUAAGCGUCUCGAGUGUUGUUUUGUAGUGAUUUGGUACUUGUACCUUGCAUUAUCAAUUUAUGUUGUUGUAAAAUGAAGUCUAAAUUUUCCAAUAGAAACCAGUCAUUGGGGCAGGAUUCUGCCAUUACUGCAAUGUUAUUCUAUUGUUUUUCA